AUGCAGCUCACCUACCCACUCGUGGCUUCGUCCCUCGCCCUCUGCGCGGCUCUCGGCAGCGUUGCUGCUGCGCCUGCCGGUACCACCCCUAACACCAAGCAACCCAGCACUCCUGCCGAUACAAAGGUAGCUUUGAAAGCCAAGGAGCACGGUGCUAUGCUCAUCACCAACGUCGUUGAUGCCUACAAACGUGAGUGACGCGACGCGAAUGCAUGCUGACACAUGGCCAUAGACGCUGAAGAGCCAAGUCGAAUGAAUCACAUGUUGCCACAAACACACACACGCACACAGCGGUGACGGUGUGGCUAGACGUCAAGAAUGGGCACUACAACGCGGAAUGGUCCGAAGCGUGCGACAACAUCACCGGCAAGUACCGCACGCAAGACAACUUUAAGGAUGAAGGCGGACCUUUUGGUAAAUGGGCUUCCGUAGCCUGCAUCGCGCGCACGCACGACAAGAUUUCCAAGGAAGAGUGAGUAGUUUUGUUGAAGCACUGCCCGCGGUCCGGUCAAAAUAGCUGAGAAAGCCUCGAGAACAAUUUUUUUUUUCUUUUCCAUCUCUUGUCAUCUUCAUUAGGCUCUUCUUCAACUAUACCCCUAUUCUCAUCGAAAGGAUGAUCCUCUUGAAGGGACACGUCAAGCCUGUAAAGAAGCCACACGGCAGUCAUUUUGACAAGCCGGCCAAGCCCGGCAAGCCCGGUAAGCCGCCCGCGAAGGAACCUGUCAAGACCAGUCCCAACGCAAACAAGCCAGUCAAGACUGGGCCCGCGACCAAGGAGCCAGUCAAGACCAACCCUGAGCCCGUCAAGAAGGUCGAUCCCACUCCUCGCAAGUAA